GGGUGGGGGUCGAGGCUCGCUGGCGUCCGCGGCCCGCCCGUUUCUGUGGCCAUGGGGCGGUGGCAGACGAGGAUGCCUCUUCUCUCCCGCUAGUACUUUCCCCCUUAGUGUGAAUGUGGAGGGAUGAUAACGCCCUGCUUUAGAAAGAGUUGGGCAGGCGGUACUGAGGCGGGCUAGGGGGCGGAAAAUGCGUUCUGCGCUCCCGCUGGGUCUCUCCUAAAGGACGCUUCACGGGCGGUUGUUUUCCGGAGAGUAGUUUGGGAAGGGCACACAUUUCUAAGCCUUGCCCUUGGACCUUUUUCCGGAGUGGCUUUGGGAGCCGUCGGGAGGACCGUGCUCCCCCAGAGCCGAGCCGGGGUGCGGGAGCGGGCAUCCGCAGGCCUGAUGGCAGCGAGUUAGUGCGCUUUGUAGAGAGGGGACGGCCCCUGUGUGCGCCAAAAACGCAGCCAAACAGCUUAGGGGAAAAGCCAGCAGGAGGGAGGAGAAGAAGCUGAGGACAGAGAAAUAGAAGACGGAGGAGAUGGGAUAUCCAUAACUUUGAGUUGUGCUUUAUGAACAAGGACAGGGACCUAACAACCUGCCUGAGAGGGUGCUGGUUCUGCUUGAGGCUGCUCUCCUGCUCUGUCUGUACUUUUCUGUUGGUAGUGGGUGAUGUCACAGCAGCUCUAAGGCUCCCAGCCCGGUCCUCCACGCGGCAGGAGCCUUUGAAAACAAUCAUGGAUGACUAUGAUAUCAGGUCUGCUGCCAGCAUUUUAGCAUCUGUUAAAGAGCAAGAAGCUCGUUUCGAGCGGCUUACCCGUGCACUCGAGGAAGAGCGGCGCAAUGUCUCCUUGCAACUUGAGCGUGCCAAUCAGCCCGCAGAGCGAAUGAGCAUUUGCAACAUUGGCAAUGGGCAGCCCCUGGCAACCGCCUGGCAGCAGCUCGUACUGCAGGAACAAAGCCCCAGUAACCAGACAUCAAUAGCAAUGAUGCAAGAGCCUCAAGAAAUGGUGGAAGAAACAGUCACUGUGGAGGAAGACCCAGGCACUCCCACUUCCCAUGUGUCUAUUGUCACUUCUGAAGAUGGAACCACAAGAAGAACUGAAACCAAGGUUACCAAAAUGGUCAAAACGGUGACGACGAGAACAGUGCGCCAGGUGCCGCUGGGGCCCGACGGGCUGCCGGCCAUGGACGGCUCCUCUCCCAUGGGCAGCUACACGGAUUCCAUCGACAGGAGGUACAUGAAGAACGGCGAGCGCUACAUCACGCCGCAGGCAUCCUCCACCCUGACCAGAUCUUACAACAACUACAGCGAUCCUUACCCCGAGAGCCACGAGGGGCAGUACCGCCCUUACGUCGGCCACGACGGCUACGGAGAGCUCUCGGAGAACUACGGCAGCUUGUCUCGGGGCGUCAACUACCGCCCUCGCUACGCCUACGUGCCGGGAAACACUUACAGGCCAGACGAUGGUAGCUUCACCUUGCCAAGCAGAAGGGAUAACUAUGCUCCCGUUGCCCAGCCUCAGGUGCCAGUGGGUAGCAAUGUUGACUUGAACCGCUCCCAGCCAGAGCGCUUCCAGCCAGAGCCCUAUGGACUGGAAGAUGAUAACCGCAGCCUUGGGGUAGAUGAUGAAGGGUAUGAACUGGAUCCUGAUUACUCCACUGUGAACAGGAGGACGACUGCAGGUGUGCCAGAGAGAGGAAGACCUCACAAAGGAAGGGGCUACGAUGACCCCAUUGAGACAGAGAUGGUUGAAGAGAGGAUACCUUACCUUCACGGCAGCUACGCGGCCCCGCUGGCACAGCCAGAGAGAGGGAGCAUGGCCAGCAUUGACCGGCUGGGGAAGCGCUCUCCCUCUAUUGACAGCAUCCGUAAAGACCCCCGCUGGAGGGACCCUGACCUGCCCGAAGUCAUCGCCAUGCUCAGCCACCCCAUUGAUCCGGUCAAGUCCAACGCCGCAGCCUACCUGCAGCACCUCUGCUAUGAGAAUGAUAAAAUCAAAAAGGACGUGAGGCACCUCAAGGGGAUUCCCAUCUUGGUGGGCCUGCUUGACCAUCCAAAGCCAGAGGUCCAUCGUAAAGCCUGUGGGGCCCUCAGAAACAUCUCCUAUGGCAAAGAUAACGAAAACAAGGUGGCCAUAAAGAACUGUGAUGGGAUCCCUGCAUUGAUCAGGCUGUUGCGAAAGACAAAUGACAUGGAAGUCAGAGAGCUAAUUACAGGCACCCUGUGGAAUUUAUCCUCCUAUGAGCCCCUGAAGAUGGUCAUUAUCAACCAUGGUCUGCAGACACUUACCAAUGAGGUGAUUAUACCCCAUUCAGGUUGGGAGAGUGAACCUAAUGAGGACUCUAAGCCUCGUGAUGCUGAGUGGACAACUGUCUUCAAGAACACUUCUGGUUGCUUACGGAAUGUAAGUUCAGACGGAGCAGAAGCACGCAGAAGACUAAGAGAGUGUGAUGGCUUGGUGGAUGCCCUUCUUCAUGCUCUCCAGUCUGCAGUUGGCAAGAAGGAUACAGACAAUAAGUCUGUGGAGAACUGUGUGUGCAUCAUGAGGAACCUUUCCUAUCACGUCCACAAAGAGGUGCCAGGAGCUGAUAAGUACCAAGAACUAGAUGCCAAUCAGACCACAAGCACGGGAGGCUCUCAGAAGAAGAAGAAAGAUGAUGCUGGCUGUUUUGGGGGGAAAAAAGCUAAAGAGGAGUGGUUCAAUCAAGGAAAGAAGAAUGGAGAUUUGGACAGGAAUUUUGAUACACUUGAUUUGCCUAAGCGGUCUGAAGCAGCAAAAGGUUUUGAAUUACUGUACCAGCCAGAUGUGGUCCGACUGUACCUCUCCAUCCUUACUGAAAGUCAGAACUUCAACACUCUGGAAGCUGCAGCAGGGGCUUUGCAGAAUCUCAGUGCUGGCAACUGGACAUGGUCCACAUACAUCCGUGCGACGGUGCGGAAGGAGAGAGGCUUACCGGUGCUUGUGGAGCUGCUGCAGUCUGACUCCGACAAGGUGGUGAGGGCUGUGUCAAUUGCCCUGAGAAACCUUUCCAUGGAUCGGCGCAAUAAAGAUCUCAUAGGUAGUUAUGCUAUGGGUGAGCUGGUAAGGAAUUUGCCUAGCAGGCAGCAGAGAUCUGCAAAGAACCUGGAAGAGGAUACAGUGGUCGCAGUAUUGAAUACCAUCCAUGAAAUCAUUACUGACAGCUCAGAAAAUGCCAGGUCUCUGAUCCAGACACAGGGCAUUCAGAAGCUGGUAGCUAUCAGCAAGUCAAGCCAGUCUCCCAGAGAAACAAAAGCAGCAUCUCACGUUCUUCAGAUGAUAUGGAGCUAUAAAGAGCUACGAAAUGCCCUGCAGAAGGAUGGGUGGAACAAAUCACACUUCCAGUCUGUUUCUGCAACUCCAAAGGGUUCCAAAGGUACUGCUGGCAAGUCUGGCUAUGACGACAGCACUUUGCCUCUAGUGGAUAAAAGUCAAGAUAAUGAGAAGGCUGGGAGUCGGGACAUGAUACCUAUGGAUGAACUUGGCCCAGAUGGGUACUCCACCAUCGAUCACCGGGACAAGGAGCGCAAGUACAAGACCACUGAUAACACAGGGGACGCCUCUGAGAAAGAACCUUUAAAAAAUGACACAAGUAGGAAAAACAUUAACAGGAGUAACAGGGCUUCGGUGAAUCUGGUGGAUGCCCGUGACAUUAAACCCCAGCCUGUUGACUCCUGGGUCUAAUUUGCAUGCAUGGGCUAAAGUCCAACCACAUUUUUUUCAAUUGAGGGGGGAGAAACCAACAUCGAAUCGACACAGAGGAUCUCAUCAGUCACCACUGCCAUUCAGAUUUGGAGGGCGCUGCCUCGCUGGCCAGGCUGCAGAUUCCAGGAGGAUGAGGGGAGAAAGGAACCACAACUGACUGCCAUUGCCACCCCCGGAGCACCAUGCCUUACAGCCAGACAAUUUGCUUUUUAACUCAGUUACAUUCCCACCAGAAACAGCCUCCCCCUCCCCCUCCCUCCCACUCCUGCAAGAAGAAAGCAAGCAAGAAAAGAGAAUCCAAGCUGCCCUCUAGCUGGCUGUUUUUGGUGACUCUUAGGUAUGGAUGGUGCCAAGUGUGAGAAGUAAAGGUCAUGCAGCAGCCAAGAAGACAGCUUCACAAGUGAAAGAGAAACUGCAGGGUGUUUGCAGUUCUAGGUGUAGCCAUGAAGAUAAGAAUAGCACUUUCCUGGUUUGGGGCUUGUUGUUUUGUGUUUCUGGUUUGGGGGAUUUCUUUUGAACUGUGACUCUAACAUUUUUAAAGGCUUUUUUGGGGGGAAAGAAAAAAAGUUUAGGUUUGCUUUAUUAUUUCCACAGAAAGUGCAGGGACAUUGAGUGGGUUUGUUGGAUUUCAAUGAAGGGAGAAAAUGCAGAACAAAACCUAUUAACCGCUAGUCAGAUGGACUGGAGGGUGGAUGACAGAAUUGAUGCAAGCUGUAUAAUCUGCUUUUAGAGUAAGCUAUAUCAAUCACAGUGCUGUAUUAUCAUUAUAAUCUGGUGUACAAUACUUCUGCCUUUGGAAUUCUGUAACGGCUCUGUUUUCAUUUCCACACACUGAGCAGCAGCUCACUGAAGUGUUCCCGGUUCAGCAAUCCACGCUGCGGAAUGGCUGGCUUUUUAUUUUCUUGUUCUCCAAGGCUGCAAGGAGGAGCUUUGCCGUUUGGAAUGUGCCAGUGUUGCGUUGGUGGUGGUGGUGGUGGUGGUGGUUAACCAUUUCUUUUGCCAUAGCUGGUGACGAAUUGGAAGAACUCUUUUUGGUUGUUUUUUUUUUGUAGGAUGUCUUAUUUUGAAUGUGCUCAAAGUUUCAGAUGGGUCUGUCACUUACGUUUGAUGGUGAAUUUAUCACUGCCAGAUCCGUGUUUGCUUUGGGCUGAGGUCCUAACCAAGAACGCCACAAAGGGAACUGGUUUGGUGCUUUUAAAAUCCUCAUCAUCAUUCCUUUGUUCCUUUGGGUUUGAGAUUUACAUAUUUCAUUGGGUGUGAAAAUCACCCACCUGCAGCAGUUCUCCUCGAAGAUGCCUGCUUUGUGUAAGGGGGAGUUUUUACCUCACGAGAACAUACUCUGCAUAUGGUAUCUGCUAAAGACUUCAGAUCACUGAUUUUCUCCAGGCAUUGGUCAAGGGAGCGCAGCAGAUGAGAAUUAGGAAGGAAAUGUCUUGCUAGUAGCAUCAGAGGACUUUUGCUGAUUUUAUUUGGUUGCCACCUUCAGUUUAAAGCAAGCUCCUAAAAACGGUGUGACUGGAAAGCACAUUUUUGAGUUUAGCCUAACAUCAUUGGAGGUUUUCAGUGCCUGCCGUUUCCUUGGUAAUUAAGAAGGGGAAAUAUCCAAUGACCUCACCCCCCCCAAAAUGUUACUGUAAUAGUAAACAUUAACUUUUUUUUAAUAUUAAAAAAAAAAAAUUUAAAAACUAAAAAAAAAAAAAGGGGGGGGCAAGUACCAAGAGCUUUGUAUCUUCUUGAGUAUAUGAAAAGUUGACAUGAAUACAUAUAUAUAAAUAAAUAAAGCUAUAUAUCUAUAUAUAUAUAUUGUUGUGCAGAGGAUAGGUUAACCAAACCAUGUAAAGUAGUUUGCAGGAGAGGGAAGCAUUUGUUGAUUCAGGGAAAAAAAACAAACAAAAAAGACUGAUGCCAGAAGCUGUCAGUGAUUUGGAUGACACAUGCUCCUUCCCACCCUCCCUUUUCGACCCUCAUCUUCCACACCUAGGUUGCAGUGGUCCCUUCUGGGUCCUGGGGAAGGUGAAGCUGCUUGGAGCAAAUUAAUAAAUCAAGAAUUAGCUUUGGGUUUGGUUUUUUUUUUUUCACCUGCAUGAAGAGUCCUGUCGGGCCAAAGAUGCUCAGUGGAUCAAGGGAAACAAAGAGAUACAUCUGUGGUUAUCUGUGUCGGGGCAGCGUCUCUCUGUGUGUAGACAUGAAGUGUGGCAGCGAACCCAGAUCCAUCAUCUGACUGUAUUCUAUCAAUGGUGCUCUUUUCAUACUUGUUCUGCCAAUACGCGGAGACCCUUUUAACCAAGCUACACAGAAGAGUUUUAUAUCACUUUUGGUUAUGUACUUGGUGUAUUCUUUUUGUAUAUGAAAGGAUUUUUUUAACAACGUUCAGUAAUUAGCAAUGGAACCUGCUUUGUAGUUGAUUAGAACAGUGCGAGAGAAGGGCCGUGCUGUCAGUCUGUCCCUGAUCUACUUCAAACCAUAUAUCUACCAAAGGAGUCUGAGCAAAAGUUCACUUAAAAUAAAGACCUGACUGUUGAAAGGAGUCUCUGCUAAGACUUUGUGAUUUAGUUAUUGUAUAGGUAUUUCAAAGCCAGCAAGAGGCUAACAGAGAACUGCAGGUAGGGGGAAGAGAAGUGACUAGGGGCCAAUUAUGUCCAUGAUCUCCUCUCCCACAGAUCCCCUGGCUCUCAGUGGGGCACUACAGGGACCCUCAAAAUCCAGACUGGAUUUGUCUCUGUCAUUAGUGGGCUAACAACACCCAGGAGUAUUUGAGAAGCAAAUUCAGACCCUACCCCACUUUCCCCGAGAGGUCCUUUUUGUAUUUGCACUGCACCUUUCAGGUCAGGUGGCAUUGGCUGCCCAGGGUCACUGCAGCAAACUGUGUGUGGGGUAAGUGCGUGGCAGGCAGCGUAGCAGUGAGCUGCCAGCAUGCUUUUGCUGCUGCAGAAAAGCAAAGGAUGGCAUCUGCAGAAGUCAAGCACCAUGUCGGUCGGCUGAGACUUGCCCUGGGCAUUGUACGUCUUACCCCUGCCCUUCCCAUGCCUUACUGUAGCGACUCAUGCCCCCAGGUAUGUAGCAAUAACCCAUCCCUUGCUCUGGGUUUGGUCUUCUCAACAGUGUGGGUGUUGAGGAAGAGAAAUGGACUAGGGGGUGACUUGCAUGUGAGACCUACCGCCUUGUGUUAUCAGCCCACCGGCUGACAUCCAAAGCAAGAUACCUUUGAGUCAGGUCUGGUGAUUUAAUGUCCUUGCUGGUGGGAUGUGUGCCCACAGCUGCCCUUACCUCUCCCCUUGCUGGCACAAGUGUGGCUGUUUGAGCUGUUCUGGGAUGUGGGUGGAUGAACCUGUAACUGUGGUAUUUUGGCAGCAGGGACUGUAUGUAAAGAAGGGAACGUGGCAGUGUGUGUGACUAAAGCUGCAGUAGGGUCUAGAGUCUCCUGCCAAAAGGCAGGCAGUGCUUUUUAGGGCUCAAGUAUGUGACCUCCUCUUUUCCUGUUGUCUCCACUGUGAAAACUGGAGGGAAUCUGCCUGCAAAGGCCUGGGGUAGAAGAGAUUCCUACCUGCAGAAAUUCUAGUGGGAGGGGUGGUUGUGGAAGGAAGCGAUGGCGUUGUAAGCCUCCUGCUAAAAAGGAGGAGGAAAUUAGAUGGCCCAGUGAGGGCUGAGUUAAGAGGAGAGGGAGACUUCCGAUGGCUUGUGAUUACUGCAGAACUUUGUUCCCAGGGAGAUGGCUUGCACGCCUCCCAGGCAUCUUCAUUAAGUUGUGGCGAUACACAGAAGUGUCAAGACUCCCUUGGAGAAGCAUUGGGUUUGGUUAUUGAGUGUGUGAGCAGUUGUACUUGUGCUUGCAGCUUCCCGGGUUGGUCUGUCUGCAGAAGCUGAGGAGAGUGGAAAGGCAAGGCUGUUUCUGUCUUGAAGUAGGAAUUUAGCCUUAAGUGUAACUUGAGAAGUUGUCGCCAGCUUGAAACGCUCCCCAGAGAACAGCCUGGGCAGCCCUAAGUCCUGAUCUUCAGUGUCUUCUGGGCAAACACCUGCCUGUCCUAGUCCUGCUCCUGUGCACUCACAUGUGCCAAUUCUGACUGACUCGGUAGCAGGAAAGCAAAUCUUGUCUUUGCUGCCAGGACAUCACCAAAGGGCCUGGCUUGGGGACUAGGAGCUGCCUUGCUGAAAAUGACACCUCAGGAAAGCAGGGGGUGGCACGUUUGUCACAGCAGAUUGGGAAGUUCUUGCCAGCUCUUGAGGAGCAGUUUUCAGUAAUGCUUUCUAGCAUGCAAGGCUUAUGCUGGGCAAAGCAGUUUUCACUCCUAGAGCAGUUCCAGGAGAUGGAGGGUGGUGAGUUACCUUCUGUUACUUGCCUUAAAGUUGAGCAUAUGGGCUCAGCUACUUGUGAGAGAGGUGCACAUCCUUAAACCCUUUGAGUAAGCAAAGCUUCAGAAGCCAAAUGGGCACAUGAGAGUGGUUGUGGCCUCUUCUGCUGCGCAGCUGCCCACUCGGUGAGAGCUGCAGUGUGCCAAUAGCUUCAACCAGCAUUCUGGUGCUGUUGGGGUGGAGUUGUGCUCUCACAGCUUUUGAAGGCGUUUCCGUAGGCAUAGUUUCUUGCAAAAUGUCCUUGUUUUGAUGCCCUUAAAUCCAGCGUUUCCUUAUCUCUGAGAGGGAAGUUCUCUGAUCUAUUGGUACGUUAACUAACCUAGUGCAUUGAAGGGGAAGGGAUUACGAACCCUUUUUUUUUCUGUCUUAAGUUUUACAUCAGGGUAGGAUGUUGUGAAAGUCCCAAGGUGAGGAGGAAGACAGUGCAGAUACUACAAGGCCUGCCAAUCUGGUUCUUGCUGUUCAGAAAAAAAACAAAUUAACUAGACUAAGAAGCUUACUGGUAAUUAGUAGCUAAUGUGUUUGUAACUAUCAUGUGCCUUAAAAUUUUCAUGGUAGGAGAAUAAAAAGGAAAAAAAAAAAUCAACAAUGUGUUUUCUGUAAUACUGCUCAGCAUUCUCUGUAGUUUAGACUGGUGGGAUUUUGCAUUGUAUUUACACUGUACUAUAAACUGAAACACUUAGAAUGGUUUGAUUUUACAAGUAUGGAGAGGGAAAAAAAUAAAGAACCAAGGUGGGUUAUGCUUUUCAUAGAACAAAUGUUACCGUGACAGAAUGUAUUAUUAUUAUAGGAUCUUUCCAUAAUGCAGACAAGUAGAAUGCUUGUUAGAAACCAGGUAUGUAGGAUAACAAUUUGGUGUGUUUUCAAUAAACCAUGCCUGGAAAGAA